AUGGCUCUUUCAAUCACCAAGGAGUUCCUGGAGGUGGAAGAAGUGACCUCGGGGGUUUUGCAAAAGGCAGAUAAGACCAAACUGCAGGAAUUAAUAGACAAGCUAGGGUUGAAUUUACCUCCUAAUAAUGGAAGUGAAGAUGUUAAAAACUUUGCAGAAAGAUUUGUUGAUGUCUGGAUCAAGCUUCCUGGUCUAGCUCCUAAUAACAAUCCAGAGGAAAGAGGACGAAAUUUGGUCCGAGUAAAGGCUGCUUUCGGAGCAGCCUUACAGUUUGAACUAGCUAAGAUGUUAAAAGUACAAUGUCAUGAUUUGGAUAAAAGCUCACCCACUUGUGGUGAAGUAAUAGAGGAAGCUAAUCGUCUGGGGGCAAAUAUAGAAUUGAAGCUCAGAGCCAUGCAGACCAUAGAGGCUCCUAACACUGAGAAAAACCCAGGGAAGUGUGACAGUUGUGGAAAAGAGGGUGAUUUGGCUAAAAGGUGCAACUUAGAAAAGGGAAAUACUGACAAAACAGGCCCCAAACUGGAUAAGAAAGAGUCUGGAUGGGAGAGGUUGUCCUUGAACGAGCAUCUUAUGUUAUUGGAACAGCUCCAGCGCUGUACUGAACUUCAGGUAAAAGAACUCAUUAAUAAAAAACUAGAGCAAACCAUCACCAUCUUUGAGCCCAUUAUUUUCACGGCCAUCGAGAACCAUUUGGAUAGCUGCUAUAUUUUGAUGGGGUGUCAGCAGCUUGAGGAGAUUCCCCUAAAGGUGUUCACGACAUCAUUCCCGGCAAGUGGGUCUACGUUAAGAAAAUACACAAAGAACCGUUGGGUGCCAAGUGGGAAGAGUGCUGCCAAUCCAGCAGUGAACAGAAAUGAUGAAAAUGUGAAGAGAGGUAACUGGUCCUCGAAGACUGACUACUUGCUCUCGAUGAUUGGCUGUGCUGUGGGUCUAGGCAAUGUCUGGAGAUUCCCUUUCCUGGCUUACAAAAAUGGAGGAGGUGUAUUUCUUAUUCCCUACUCAAUCAUGCUGGGUCUUGUUGGGAUACCAAUAUUUUUCUUGGAAUCUUCCUUUGGACAGUUUGCCAGCCUCGGGCCUGUUGCAGUGUGGAAAUCUGUACCAAUGUUACAAGGUGUUGGAGUCACCAUGGUCCUUCUGAUCAUAAUUGCCAACAUUUCCUAUGCCUGCAUUAUUGGUUACAGUCUGUACUACCUGUUUGCUUCCUUCCAAUCACCCCUAGAUAUGCUAUUGAGUGUCAUAGGAUGCAUCUUCAUGAAGUGGGAACCUUCACUGUUGAUUGAGCAAUACUGGGAUCAAGCAGUUUUACACCGUACAAGUUCAUUGGAUGAGACUGGGGAGAUAGUCUGGCAUUUAGCCCUCUGUCUGCUUCUAGCCUGGCUGAUGGUUGGGGCAGCAUUUUUGAAAGGAAUCAAAUCUUCAGGAAAGGUUGUUUAUUUCACUGCAAUUAUCCCGUAUGUGGUUGUGACGAUACUCCUGAUCCGAGGGGUUACCCUGGAGGGAGCCUCUAAAGGAAUUGAAUUCUACAUCGGAAGCCAUUCAGACUUCUCCAAACUGGCUGAUGCUCAGGUCUGGAAAGAUGCUGCAACACAAAUUUUCUACUCGACAUCAGUGGGUUGGGGCAGUUUAAUCACAUUGUCAUCCUACAACAAAUUCCACAACAACUGUUACCAAGAUACCAUCAUUGUCUGUGUUGUUAAUUGUGCUACGAGUGUGUUUGCGGGAUUUAUCAUCUUCUCCACUCUUGGACACAUGGCUCAUGUGCAAAACAAGCCCGUUUCAGAGGUUGCACGGUCAGGGUUUGGUUUGGCCUUUAUUGCCUACCCAGAGGCCCUUGCACAGUUGCCAUGGGCAACUUUAUGGUCCAUUUUAUUUUUCUUCAUGCUGCUCACUUUGGGACUUGACACAUUGUUUGCAAGUUUUGAAACAGUAAUAACAAGCCUGCUGGACCAGUUUCCUGAGUUCCUUAGGCCAAAGCGUCUUUAUCUGACAGCUGGUCUUUGUUUGUUAUUUUAUUUCCUUGGCCUUCUGUUUGUAACACAGGAGAUGGAAGCGACACCAGUUAUAGUAAUGGAGGAGGAAGCUCUAUCACGAUAA